AUGGGAACGAGGUACGCAGUGGGAAUAUUCAUUUGGGCCCUAGUUUUUGGUUGGCAACAUUCCGCGGCCCCUGGAAAGGGAGCCGGCGUGGCACCGCAGGCAAAGGCGUCUUCGUACAAGGGCGCGUACACUGCUGCGGGCUGCCAGUGCCAAGUGGGUGAAUCCGGGAAAGCCUGCGCUUCGCAAAGCGGCGGCGCUCCUGCGAGCACAUCACUCAACUAUGAACUCGGGCUGGAGGUGCUCGGGGUGCAAGAUCUACAACAAGGCCAAUGCCAACUUCUGUUCCCGAUGUGGAGGGGCAUGGCAGAAUGUAUGGGAGAAGGGGACUACCUAUACAGGUCCCAAGUCCCCACAUCACCGAGACAGAGGGGCCAGCCUUCGGAGGCCCGGCAGGCGCCCCAGAAUCCUUGGACGCCGGCAGCGGGCAAGGGGAAAGGAACACCGGCUCCUUCCGGAAAGGGACAGGGGGCCAAGGGCAAGCCGAGCUUCGCGGAGGUGGUCAAGCCUUCAGUGGACAAUUUGCCAGCACCUCCUUCGCGUGUGCCCACGGUAGUGCCCAAGGCUGGGGCAAUCUGGGGCACCGACCCUGGCAGUGCCCGAGAAGUCCAAGCUGGAGACUCUCUACCACAGGAGGCGCUGCAGCUCUACGAGGAGUUCCAGAUCAACGAGGCCCAGGACAACUCGCGAGAGUUGCACAAGGCGGUGGCGACACAAUCCACUGCCCGGAAGCAGCUGAUACAGAUACGCUCGGCGCGAACUCUGUAUUUGACUGCUUGGCAAGAGUACCUGAUGGCCGUCUCCGACACGAUCCAGACGCAGGUCUCGGAGCAGCAGACCCAGCUGGCCGACUUCGACAAGGCGGAGCUGGAAUGGUCACAGUCCCUCACCAAAGCCUCGGGAGACCUAGCCAGGCUGGCGGCCGGUCGGGCGGAAAGCUCCCGUAUGGACGACGAGGAGGACGAGAUGGAUGCGGCGGAGGAAAUGAUCGACUCCGCCAUCCAGACGGAAAGGGAUCUGGAGCAAAAGACUGCAGAACGGGUGGCAGAGUCUCAGCAGUUUCUGGGUGUCCUGCAGGGGCUCCGGCAGGCGGCUGCAGAAAGACUGGAGCAGGAUGGCCGGCAGCGCGAGGGAUCCAGGACGCCACGCAGGAAGGUGCUGGCGAGCGUGCCUACCUACGAUCUCACCAAGGAGGGCAUGCAAAUUACUCCAGCAAGCAAGGCAGAGGAUCAGCAGGCCGCCGGCCUGUACGCGAGCUUACGAGUCCCGUGCAGGCCGUUUCUUCUCCACUCUAUCGAGUGUGAUGAUACCUAUGUCAGUGCGCUGCAUGCUACCUUCUUGGGGAUGCAGACCGAGUUUGAGGUCAAGUUGGAUGCGCUGGAUUGGGAUGUUCAGCACACUUUCUUGGCGGACCCCCGCCUGCCGGGUGCAGGCUGUGGGCACAAUGCCUCCUGUGACCCGUUGCUUGGCGCAAGCAACGGCAUUCCUGUUCAUCAAGGGCUCCCUCUCGCAUUCCAGUGUUCCGCUCCGAUGGGGACUGAGCGUGAGCCUGACGAGGCGAGAGAUGCUCGGAUGAACAGUUCUGCGUUGCUUUCGAGCCAGCAUCUGAGGCCGGGACAGGUGAGCCGGUCUGUACAGUCUUCUGCCUGUACAGCCGAGAAACGAGUAGGCUUUGCCGAGCACCCCGAGGUUUUGGUGUACAGACUCGGUUCGAGACUUGCAGCUAUAUCCCGGUCAGCUUCAAGGCCAUGUCGGUCCCCUACCAAGGGACAAUCUGCCUUCUUUCCUCCGAUCCCGGAGGUGCAACCAGCCUGCCAUCACUGGCCCCUAUCGCAGCCUGUGCGGGAUGAUCCCAGCACGGCACUCGACCACUGGCCUCCUCUCCAACCGAGCCCAUGCCACGUGCCCUUUCUUCCACAGCGGGCAUCACAACCUGGUGCCCUUUCUCUGCCAUCCGAUAUGCCCAGUGACCCGCCCCCGCGCAUACCGGGACCUAAGCCGGCGGGGUUCACCGACCUCCGGAUGCAGUUGGCAGCACGGGUGCAUGUCUUUCCCGCGCAUCUUGAUCGCCCGGAACUCCGCGGUCGAUCGCUGGCGAGUUUCAGCUGGCGUGCAGGGCACAGGCUUGCGGGUGUCAGUGCGCAGGAUUCAGUUCGUGACCGGUAUGUUGUCUUCACCUCAGCGGACCACUGCACGACUCGGCAGCUGCCUCACGGCUGGAGCAUCGAUCACAUCGUUGCCGACUUGCUUGGGGUUUACCCUAGGUUGAUGUCUGUCAACAUCCUGCAAGAAAGACUCGAGCAGCUUCCCCCCACACAGCUGACUGCCACUAUGCGGGACGACCCCGCGGGGGUUAGUCAUCACUCCUGUCGACUUCCGCCGUUUCAGGAGCUCGUUGAUCAAUGUGGGGCAGAUUGCCCACCAGACCGCCAGGCUAGGCAGGCCUACCAGCUGCUCGCCAACGGCAGGGAUCCCUUUGUUGAGCUGCGCCUUGGCCCAGGAGAACCUGAUUACUUGCAGGCUGUGACAUGCGACCUACCGCCGGCUGAACUCCUGGAGCUCCUGCCUUCUACCACCAGCACUACAUCUCCACGGUUCACUGAGGACGCGGCUCCCUCUGACCUGGAACUUGCGUUGCAGGGCGCGGCUGGUCGGUCAUUUCCCCAGGCGAAUCGGACCACGGCUUUUCAUAUGCGGGCCACCACUUUCCGCAUGCUGCCAGCAAUCCACAUCCAGCGGACCGCAGCCUCCGGCUCUGUCUUUUUUACUGUGCUGGUUGACCCGAUCCGUGCACAGGGUCAUGCGCAUUGGACUCUCCAGGAUUUUUUCCGUGGUGCCGCCGAAUACGCAGAGGCCAGCCUGCACGGGAUACAGUUGCUGAUGAGCCACAUCCCGGGGCUACCGACCCCCCAGCUCGUUCUGUCCGAGGGUGACAACAUUGGCAACGCUAGAACUGUGCCCAUUGACUUGAGGUCCUAUGGACAAGGGGUGCUGCCUCUCCGCCUCAGCCCGGGCACGGGCAACACGGAGCUUCUGGAGCAGGUUGUUGCUGGGGCCCCUGCACUUCGACAUGACGUGUUGAGCCCCUUGACACAGCAUCGCUUCUUUUUCCGGGACGCGCAUGGCGCUGUGCGUACAGGGCUGCCCGAUGACGUUGCCUCUAUGCAGUGGUUGGAACUCUGCCACGCGCCUCUACCAACAGGGCACCUUGAUCCCUUGGCUCUUUCCGUCGACUCCCACGGAGGUACUGACGAAAGCGCAGCUCUGCUACAGGUUUCUAUGUCUGGCCCGGAGGGCCCAAUAAGCCGUGCUGUUGAUCGCCCUCUGCGAGUGCCCGGCAUCGAUGGAACUGCCAGUGAGCCUCCGGCUCUCCUUGGGCGGCUGGUGCCAUCCGACAUAGCAAUUCUUUGUGCGGCGUCUGUCAAAGUCCUGCCGGAUUACCUGAGUGGGGAGGCCAGCAUGAACAAAGAAGUGCUUCUUUCGUCUUGGGGGGGACGUGAAGCCACGGAAACGCGGCACUUCACUGUCUUCGACGUCGUCCACCAGAUUCGAGUUCUUGACAAGGGCCCUAAGUCCACGCUACAGGAUUGCAUUGCGUUGGCGCUGCAGGCGACGGGAUUUUCGGUCGCGCACCUUCGCGUUCUCACCGUUCCUGUCCCAGGGCUCCCGCUACCACAGGUUGUCUUGCAUAGGGCUGUGGACCCGGAACCUCUUGAUACACUCGUGUGGGACCUGCGUGCGGUUGGGCAGCCAAUAAAAACAACGGUGCUCCGGCCGGGAGUGCACCUCGCUGCUGCCUUGCAACAUGUUGAUGGCGUACGGCCAUCCCCGCCGGGAGUGUACCUCCCAUGGUCCAAUGGCCAAGUCGUUGUACAGCACGUCAGGGUCGAGCACACGCUUGCUUUUGGAGCGGCUGUCUUGCAUACAGGUGUGCCUCAGUCUGGGCGGGCAUGGCCCCAGACGACCGCCACCACCACCAAUAUGCAGGCUCCACCAUUGCCCCCUGGGCGGUUCCCACAAUACCAUGUCAGCCAGGUCCAGGCCUUACGCCUGCGUGUGGUUCGCGGCUUUCAUGCUGAGGAGACGGUCGUCUCCCUGCCAUGUGCCCAAGUUGACCGUGUGCUUGAUAGCCUCGUCCAAAGGGUUGCUGCAGUGACAGGGGCCCUGCAGUCUCACAACCGCUUGAUGAUGGCCAAGGCACAGCCCUUUGACAAUGUGCAGCUUCUGGAGGCUAACUUCGUCAUUUCGGAAACACCUGAUCUGGUCGUUGCCCUGUGCGACACCAGGCAUCUAUAG